AUGGAAGGUGAAUCACGAGAAAAUGGAUACGAGGGUUUUUCAUCGUCUGUACCUCUCUUCAUAGAAGAGGGUCAAUCGAACAUACAACCAGUGAAACAGAUCGACCAGAGCAGAAACGUGGAAGGGAAAGAUACCACAAGUCAUCAGAGUAUCAAUGGUGAUCGAAAAGGCGUGGAGACUGGUAAAGAUAUAGCAAGCAACACAGGUGGACGCAGUGAGAAAAAUGGAACCCACAUCGCCAAGUACCCAAUCAGUGGAAAAGAUGGUCGAGCAAAGUACGUCACCGUUCGAAAUUUCAGAGGACAAGUCUACGUCGAUAUCCGAGAUUUCUACGAAUCCGGCGGGGAAUAUUUUCCAUCCAAAAAGGGGAUCACUUUGACAGCGAGGGAGUUCAAGGCAAUCAUGAUGAUUUCGAAGAACAUAACAAGAGCAAUCUACAGCGGUCAAAAUAAAUGA